UUAGUAUACUGUAGCUGCUUAAGUGUCGCGGUUUAUCCUUGGUUUUUUUUGCAAUGUCUCGCAAACUUCCGGUUGCAAAAGUGACUAGAUUAGCUGGUCCAAAUGAACAUGACUUGGACAUAGAUAGCGCAAUAGCAGCUCUGAAUGAGAUGCAUAUAAAAAUAAACAGCAUUCGAAAGGCUGCUGCCGAGAUCAACUGCUCCGUUUGCAGCAAGAAGGAUAUCAAGUGGAAUCGAUUCGUGUGUUUGCUAUGCUUUAAUUACAACUUGUGUCUAAAAUGUUACGUCGAUAAAGAAUCUGACAUGUGGCAUCGGCCGUAUCAUCCGAUGCAGAGGGUGUUAUCCGAAGCGGAUUUCUUUAAAUUCAGGAAUGGGGUCGUCGGUCCGGACAUUUUGUUGUACUGUCCAUUUUGCGGAGGACUGAGUCUGUCCAUAGCGGACUAUCUUCAGCACUGUGAGCAGAAGCACGGCGAUGAAAAUUUUACCACGAGGUGUUCCGUUUGUGCUGCCUUUGGCAAACCGGAAGCUCGUUCAAUGCAGUUUGCUUAUGAGAACCAUUUGGCCAAACACAGAGAGCCAAGCAAAGUCUUGAACUGCAGCACGUGCGAAAAGUCGGCUUUUCCGGGAAAUCGCUACACCUGUUUGCUCUGUCCUGAGUACACUCAAUGCGAGGAAUGUUACCAAGCAAAGCGGCAAAACUUCCAACAUGUUUCAUAUCAUCCCAUGCAGGAGAUUCUGCCGAAAGAGAAAUAUGCAACACGCACCUCAUCAACGGUGAACAUCUUCAGAUGUCCGUUUUGUGGAGAUGGCGGUUUCAGUGCCAACGGAUUGACCAAUCAUUGCCAUAAGCUGCACGAGGACACCGGCAAACGAAGUCUGCUGUCGACUGUGUACUGUCCAAUCUGCACAGUUUGCCAAAUAAUUAACAAUCAAUCACUUCAAGCGUAUUCUCUACUGAAGGAACCUCUCCUCGAUCAUCUGAAGAUCUUUCAUGGACUUCUUCCUGGGGCGGAAGAUCCCCAGCUGGAACCCACCAAUUGUACAAUUUGCUUGCUCAAACUAGACGCGGUUCCGACGAAAAAGUACUGCCGGUGUUCCCAUAACAGCUUCCACGAUCAGUGCAUCCGAAUCUGGCUGGCACGAGUUCCAACGUGUCCGAUUUGCCGUGCGCAUCGUGCCGGGUAGAACUGGUGGAAGUUAAUAUUGUUUAGUUACGUUUUAAUUUUACUUGUAAAUAAAAGUAUUUGGAGAGA